AUGACAAAGUACACGCACUAUGGGUUGUACGUGCAACUAUUGUAAGUUUUGAUUUGUGUGAAAUUUAGUUGCUUUUGUUUACAGCGUUCGCUAUCUCAAAAGGGAAUGCACGAGCUCGAGUCAGUUUAAGAAAUAUUCGUUUAUAUAUUAUUAGAUAAAUCAUUUAAGGUGAUUGUAAAGCUGUGUAUGAUGAAGCGGCUGAAGCAUGUAGCAUGCGGAUCACGUACAACACGAAUUGUGUUGCAGCCUUGAAAGCUGCAAAAACCGCCUACUGUAAAUUAGACAAGGCAGUUUAUGGUUUGUUUUUUGCACAUAGUUCAUGAAUCCUAUUAUUGAAAAUUAAGGUGAUUUCUGCAACAACUACACAACCCUCUCGACAAUGACCCCCUCUACCUCAUCCACUACCACCACUACCGAAGCUAGCAGAACGGAAGCUUCUGAUAGCACUGGUACUAUUCUUGGCGUCGUCGGAGGUGUCGCCCUCCUGAUCCUUCUCUUUGUGAUCUUCUUGUGCUACAAAAAGCGUCAACGGAAUAAGAAAAACCGCAACGAAAAAAGUGUCACCGUCAAGACCAAUGGGACGACUGGUACUACUGGAACUACCACCGGAACUCACAGUAAGACGCAUACCAAGACUACCACCACAACUGGUACCACUACUACUGGAACGAAGACCAAACAGGGCAAGAAGGACAAGAAGAACAAGAAAGAUAAGAAAAUGAAAAAAGGAAAGCACACUGGAACCAAAACUGCUUCCGCCUAUUGA